AUGGCGGUCACCCCGUGGGUGCCCGGCCUCACGAUAGCCGUUUGCAUCGAUGGCACGGUGCUUCACGAAUAUGAUGACGAUGAGGACGUGGAAGUCCAGCCGGGCCUGGGUGGGGAACAUCAGGCCUCGAGAACUACAUCGAAGUACAUCGAGUCUACCUCGGAUAAAGACUUCGUUGUCAAAGUAUCACUUGAUACUACCUUCAGAAUGGAUUGUCCUGCCUACCAUUUCGAGGUAUUCAUUGACGGCCAAUGGAUGUACGGGGCUGUCGUCGCCCAGAGCUUUUAUGCUUCCUAUUUUUCUGCUGGACAACUUAUUCGCCCGUUGUCUUUCGACAUCUGCGGUACAAUUCAGCCAGCUCCCGGUAUACCUGGUCGCGAUUUUCUCAGAAGCUUCAGGUUCUCAAGGAUCGAGACAAGUAAGCUCCUUACUCCUUACAUGCACAUAGAACGUAUCCUAAUUCUGUCAGCUCUGGACGAAGACAUGCUCAAAGACGUCGCGGAAGACUCGAGAUUCAUGAAAGAGGCUGGAGAAAUAAAAAUUCUCGUGCAUAGAGGCGGAGAAGUAUCAGCUGCCAUAUCUCAGGCAUCGGCGAUAAGAACCCACGCGCCUGCCAAGGUCCAUGAGAAAUCCCUUAAAGGGCAAGCAAAGUCACAUACUACAUCCCUUGGACCUGCCAAAGAACUGGCGCCGCUGAAUUACAGUGCCAGCAAGAUGAUAGAUGGAAAGGAAUAUCCUCGAGCCAUCUGUCGAUUCAAAUAUCGCUCAAUUGCUGCCCUCAAAAGUCUAUUGAUCGUCCCGAGAACGCCAUCCCCAGAGCCACCAAUCAUUUUGGAGUCCCCUUCCCCAACCUCUAACGGUCGUCAAAAUGCCUUGCAGUCACAUGUUGGCCCUUCUAUCGGCUCUUCUAUGAAGAGGGAACGCGGCAUCAAGCUUGAGGAAGAAAAUGCACCGAAGAAGGUGAAGUUUGAUGAGAUCUUGACCAUAGACUUGACUGAGGAUUCUGACGACGAUGGUGACAUUGUUGUACUCAACUGA